AUGAUACUUGACGAAGGGGCCGAGAUAUUGCAAACCGAAGAGAUGUUCAUAGAAGAUGAGUUUGUUGAAGAAUCAGUAUUGCACACUGAAGCGUCUUCUUCCAUGGCAUCAUUACAUGAUGUAGUUGUUCUACCUAACGAGGGCUUAUCCUCAACUGCGUGCCGUCCAACGCGGGACAGAAGCGCUCAACCAACGCUAUUCCUUGAUAAGAUAGAGCCACUAACGAAGACCAACCGACUGUCCUCAGGAUACAUCAACAGAGCUAUGGAAAUUUUGAAAACCCAGUAUCCGGAUAUCGGUGGACUGUUUUUUUGCACUCUUUGCGGUACGCUCGACUAUCCGCAGGCAACCGGCCGUCAGUGGAUGCAAAUUGUGCAUGAUGCAUCCCAACACUGGGUGUUGGUGGCAAACGGUUUCUUCCAAGAGAACCAUGUCCUGGUAUACGACAGCAUGGCCGGAAGCAAUUGGCGGUCGAAGCAUAUCCUAAGCUGUAUGUCACUCCUUUUAAAAACACCUGAAAAAGAGAUGACAUACAUCGUUAAAGCGUGCCACCGGCAAGGAAACGGUUUCAACUGUGGUGUGUUCGCGAUUGCCUUUGCAACAAGUUUGGCGAACGGCCAAGAUCCAUCAACCCUACUCUACUCUCCAGAUUUGCUUCGCACUCACCUCAAUGAAUGCAUAGCGAAAGGUUAUCUUUCUCCGUUUCCUUCCACUAUCUGCCGCGUUAAGAGAGCUCGAAAAGAUUCAGUUCUUUCCGAGUCGGUCUUUUGCCAAUGUCGUAGAACAUCGUACAUGUUACCAGCGAAAGGAUGGACCAUGGUGGAAUGUGAAAUUUGCAAGGAAUGGUUUCAUUCGAUGUGUGCUGACAAUUUCCCUGAAAAUGAGAAUGAAACAUGGUUAUUUAAGUCUUGUAAAUGA